AUGCUGCUGGAUCAUUCCUCGCCUCUCUCAGGGUACAGUAAACUCUUGUUCCUGGCCUUAGCUGUCCUUGUGGUCCUGGCUCAGGCUUCCCCAGAUGGGUGGGUCAAAAAGUGCAGUUAUAGAAUUGGCAGAUGCAGGAAAUCUUGCAAAUCAAAUGAGAAGAAGAAAGAAAAAUGUGGGGCAAGAAAACUUUGCUGCAUCCCCGCAGUAAGGCGUAAGACAUCAUACCUUUUCAAGAAACAAGAGACGCCGUAUAAGGCUAUGGCUUCCCCUCUCGCUGGGAAGGUUCUUCUUGCAAACCAGACUUAA